AUGCGUAGCUGUCGAUUCAGCUGGAGUUCUCAAUUUCGUUCUGUUCUGCGUACUUCCGAAGAAAUUAUUCCUUCUCAAGAAAUGCCUCAAAUGGCGACAGAUGCUCCCGAGGCAAAAUCCAGACCCGUAGAAGCCGAGGACGCUGCCCCUCCAGUCGAAAACAAAGAUGAUAACGAGGCUCUCGAAUUCAUCGUCUACAACUGCAGAGAGGUCACUGUCUACAAAAUUCCUCCGAGGACGCCCCAGGGUCACCGAGCAGAGAACUGGAAAGACGUUCUGUGGGCAGGAAAACUUCAAGUUGCCAGCAAGGGUCGCAAGUCUUCCAUACGCCUGAUCGACAAACAAAGCGGACAUCUUUUUGCUGUCUGUCCGUUGCCGGAGAACCAUGAGGAAGCAGUUGAGAGAGCGGUUGACAGUUCGCGGUAUUUUGUUUUCCGCCUCGACAAUGGAAAAGGUCGACACGCGUAUGUCGGAGUCAGCUUCGCUGACCGUAACGACGCCUUCGACUUUACUUGUGCUUUGAACGAAGAAGAGAGGAGACAGCGUGCCGCGAGGAUGGACGGACCAACAGACGCCGAAGCUCCAAGUGCGAGCUCGUCGAGUGCCCCCGAACGGGACUUCCGAUUGAUGGAAGGUGAAAAGAUUCGCGUGAACAUCCCGGGCAUCAGGUGCAAAUCAAGAGCGAGACCCUCUCAGUCCGAUUCGGAAACACCGUCGGCAGCAGACAAGCCAUCUACUCUCUUCUCGGGGCUUUUGCCCCCGCCCCCAGAGAGCAGAAGUCGAGAUGCAGAGGGACAAGAGACGACAGGAAAUCGACAACAAGGUCCCACAAUACCGAGCGAUUCCUUUUCCUUCGAGUUCACAGACUUCCAGCGCGGCGAAUGA